AAGUUUAUUACGUUUACGUUAUAAGUACGAAUUAUUAUAAUUUAUUAUUCAUAAUAUUAAAGUAAUUUUUAUCCGCAAAGUGUUCAAAAUAUAAACAAAAUGCCAAAAAUGUGAUAGCCGCGAUUGGGCGUUUUUAUGUAUUUGGAAUAAAAAGUGAACUAAAAAAGAUAAUCAUUUAAUUUCGAUCCGAUUUUUUUAUAAAAAAUUCAAAAUUCAGAAACUAAAUGAAUAUGCGUGCAUCAAUACCACCUGGCAUACGUGUUGUGCGUGGUCCCAACUGGAUUUGGCAAAAUCAAGACGGCGGAGAAGGUCAUGUUGGUACGGUUUGUGAAAUAGGACGAUCCGGUUCAACACAUUCACCAGAGAAUACAGUCGUAGUGAAUUGGGAUUCUGGGCAUAGAACAAAUUAUCGUGUUGGUUAUCAAAAUCAGUACGAUUUAAUAAUAGUAGAUAACGCACAAGUUGGUAUUCGACACUCGAAUGUCGUUUGUGAUGGUUGCUCAAAGGGUGGUAUUGCCGGUAUAGUAUUUAAAUGCGCACAGUGCCCGAAUUAUCAUUUAUGUUUCUUUUGUUACGGAACUGAUGUACACGAUUCGGAACAUCCAUUCGUACGUUAUACAACACCCACAUCAUUGGGUGUACGAGUACCACCAAGAAAAGGUUCAAAAAAAUUAGAAUUGAAGGGUAUAUUUGUUGGAACAAAAGUUGUACGUGGUCCUGAUUGGGAGUGGGGAACCCAAGACGGUGGCGAAGGUAAAACUGGUCGGGUUAUGGAAAUUCGUGGAUGGGACAAUGAAUCUUGCAGAAGCGUAGCGAAUGUUUCAUGGGUAACAGGUUCAACUAAUGUAUAUAGAUUAGGACAUAAAGGCAACGUUGAUUUAAAAUAUACAGUACCUACAACAGGAGGUUUUUAUUAUAAGGAACACAUGCCAGUUUUAGGGCAACCGGAAGAGCAACAACCGGUAGUACCUACUGUUAAACCAACGUUUUCAGUAGGUGACCGUGUUAAAGUAUGUCUAGAAGUUGAUGCUUUAAUGAAGCUUCAGCAGGGACAUGGCGGCUGGAAUCCACGUAUGGUUGAACAUUUAUCAAAGCUUGGUACUGUGCAUAGAAUAACAGAAAAGGGUGAUAUACGCGUACAAUAUGACAACUGUCCAAAUCGUUGGACCUUCCACCCCGCUGCUUUAGUAAAGGUUGUUUCAUUUCGAGUUGGUGAUUUAGUUACUAUUAUAAGUGAUGCUUCUAAAGUACAGCAAUUACAAAAAGGACAUGGCGAGUGGGUAGAUCUUAUGCUAUAUGCUUUAGGUAAGCAUUGCAAAGUUGUAAAAGUAUACUCAGACGGUGAUUUACGCAUACAACAGCUUGAAGAUGGUUUCGAAUGGACAGUGAAUCCAAAAUGUGUCAAAUUAGAACGUUCACCAUUAGCUACAGCAGCGGAGCGAUCCAAUAGUAUGAUGGACUUAAGCCAUAGACGUACUGAUCAUGUUAUGACACCAUUAUCAGGCCUGUCAGGAACUUCAGUUGCUGAUAAACUAGUACGCGAAGCUGCACAAGGACACAUGGAAUUCGUUAAGCAAUAUCUAGAUGCGCAUCCAGCACAGGUUGAUGUUAUGAGUGGUGGUAAAGCAUGUAUACAAGUUGCCGCACAUCAAGGUUAUGUGGAUUUAGUUAAAUACUUAAUUGCGAAAGGUGCCAAUGUGAAUGUUAUCGAUAAAGAAGGUGAUUCGGCAUUACAUUAUGCAGCUUUUGGAAAUCAACCAGAAACAAUGCACAUUUUACUGCAAAGUGGAGCAGAUAUUAAUUUUUUAAAUUCAAGUCAUUGUUCUGCAUUGCAUAUAUGCGCACACAAAAAGACGCCGCACUGCGUUCGAGAACUGCUAGCAUAUAGUGCUGAUGUGAAUAUACAAGAUUCAUACGGUGAUACAGCGCUGCACGAUGCGAUUGGCAAAGAAAAUACUGAGGUGGUUGAAUUGUUAUGCGGUGCGCCAAAUCUUGAUUUUACUGUGAAAAAUAACCGUGGAUUUAAUGUGUUGCAUCAUGCCUCGUUGAAAGGUAAUGUGGUAGCUGCUAAACGCAUAUUGCAGUUGGCACGGCAACUUGUUAACGUCAAAAAAGAUGACGGGUUUGCUGCUCUUCAUUUAGCCGCAUUAAAUGGUCAUGCAAAUGUAGUGGAAACAUUGGUAAAAGAAGGUCUAGCGGAAAUAGAUAUACGUAAUAAUCGUCGUCAAACUCCAUUUCUAUUGGCUGUUUCACAGGGACAUUCAGCUGCUAUUGAAAUGUUGGUAAAUUUAAAUUGCAAUAUAUCCGCACGUGAUGAGGAUGGUGAUAACGCAAUGCAUCUUUGCGUAAUAAAGAAAGCGAAUUUGCAGCAAGCAACGGAACCUAAUCCUGAUUAUGCACCAGCAAUACAUGCUAUAUACACGAGUUUGAUUACUCUCCGUGAAGAUAGAAUAAUGUACUCAGUACUAAUUUAUUUAGCACGACGUGGUUGUCGCAUAGAACAAAAUAAUAAAGGUGCCACUAUUUUUGAAUGGAUAACUGAUAAAAACUUGAAACAACUAAUUAUGGCAAAUCAACAAGCUUUAGGAGCAAUACAAAAUAUUGCUACUAAUGCACAGACAAUAACUCCAAACAAUGGAAGUGAACAGCAAGUGAUAAAUAAUAUACAUUCAAUGAAUCUUAAUGAACAUUGCAAUGUUAUUACGACUGUAGCUACUGUUUAUGCCGCUAAUAGUGGAAGUACUCCACAACCUACUGAUAACCAAACAACAACGACCACUAUACCACCGCCUGUGCCAGCCCAAAGGCAAACACCAACUCAAAACUUUGAAGCCGCAAGUACAAACGAAUCAUCAGCAACGAAUAAACUUAACUCGGAACGCCUCGCACACAAUGUUACGCCAAAUAUAUCUCAAGAUAAUCAAUAUGUACACAUGAAUCCAACGCCCACUACAUCUGGUGUGGCAGUAACUGCAGCACCUCGUAAAAAAGCACCAAAACCACCAUGUACUCCUACAAAUAAUUGUAAUAUCACAGGAAGUGCUGUAAGCAAUAGUACCGGUAACAAUGCAACACUAGUCGAAGGCGCAGCGGCAACCAAUUCAACAUCACCACAACUAUCACCACAAGCGAAUACUAGUAGUACAUCUUCGGCUGCCACUACACCUAUUCCAGCGCAUGUACCGAUACAUGAAGGUCCACAAGAAUGUAUUGUUUGUAAUGAGACUUUUAAACUAAUCAAAUUUGAGCCCUGUCAACAUCAAAUAUCAUGCGAAGAAUGUGGCAUGCGCAUGAAAAAGUGUUUGCAUUGUGGUACUACCAUCGAACGACGCAUUGAUUGCAACGGGCGUAUAUUAGUCAAUACUGAUCAGACGCGCGUGCCCUCCGCCGAUAGACUACGUUAUCUAGAAAAUAAAAUACAGGAAUAUGAGGAAUCACAUUAUUGUAGCAUUUGUAUGGAACGUACACGUGAUGUUGCCUUCCUCUGUGGUCAUGGCGCCUGCUCGCGUUGCGCUAAAACUUUACGUACUUGCCACAUGUGUCGAAAAACGAUAUUGAAAAAAAUUAAUCUUUAUUAAUUUUAAUAAUUAAUAAUUAAAAUAAUAGUGAGUAACAUCUGUA